AUGGUCGAGGCGAUGAACCAAAUCUCUCAUCCUAGCUUUCCAACGCUGCUGGAAUGCUACCAUAUCGGAGAUGAUGCGAUUCCGGUAUGGGAGCCAGCGGAGCUUUCUGUUAACGAGAUUCUGGCAUCGAGAUGUCCGAUUACUGAGAGUGAAAUUGCCGCGAUCAUCAGGCCGGUUCUCGACGGAAUCAAGUACUUGCGCGACCAGGGAAAAGCACUCCCCAAAUUGAGCUCGGAUACUAUCUUGCUCACCGAGUCGGGCCAAGUUAAAAUCGCUGCUGUGGAGCGUAGUUGCGAGAUCAUAGCGUCGGAGAUAGACGCGGCCACCUUGAAACUACUCGCCUCGGCCGAGAUUGCGGAGAAAUUAAUGAAGAAAAAUCCACCCCCACAUCCGUGGAGCACUGAGGUUCAGCGCCUGCCGGAGUAG